AUGUCUUCAUCUUCGCCCUCCCAGAAUCUUUUCAAAGUCCUUGUUGACCCACCAGAUGCAUUGCUGGACAUCGUCGCGGUUCACGGCCUAAACCCAACCAACAACGAAAAUCAUGCCUUUCAAACAUGGACGGCGCCCAAAUCGCAGAGUUUGUGGCUGAAAGACUUCUUACCUUCUAGGAUACCAUCAGCAAGAGUUAUGCUAUACGGGUAUAAUGCAAAUGUUGCGUUCGGGAACUCCAUCAUGGGAGUCGAAGAAUCAGGAGAUAAUCUUCUUAACCGCCUAUGGGCGAAGAGACCAGAUUCUGUCUCCAAUCGACCCAUUAUUUUUAUCUGCCAUAGCUUGGGCGGGAUAGUUGUGAAGCAAGUGUGUAUCAUCUCCAUACUUGGUUCCCAACAUGCCAUGGUCACGGCCCAUCUUAAUGCCAAAUAUGAGUCCAUUCGCAACGCGACUUACGGUAUCGUCUUCUUCGCUACUCCACACAACGGGGGAAACUUUGUGCCACUAGCACAGAUAGCGUCGAAUGUUGCGAGAGCCUUGCUUCGCAACCCUGAGAACAACUUCCUACAAAGCCUAGAAAAGGACUCCCUAUUUGGCGACGAGCUCAAUAAUAAUUUCCGGCACUGUAUUGAGAAUUUUUACAUACUCUCAUUCUUUGAAACGCUACCAUUUAACAAGAUGGGCUUGAUUGUGGAUAAGAAGUCUGCAACUUUAGGCUUGGGCGGGACCAGGGAGGAGCAGAUAGGAAUCGAAGGAAAUCACAGCACAAUCUGCAAAUUUGAGUCCAUCGAUGACGAAGCUUAUGAGCAAGUGAUAGAAAACAUAGCACACAUAGCGGACAGUGCCCUGAAGGCCGUCGAGACAAGAGAAAGGCUUGAUAAACUGUCCGAGCCAAUUGCUUCGUUGACUCUGAGCAAUAUGCCUACUCGUUCUCCAUUCGUUUGCUCUUACGCCGAAAAUCACGACUUCGUGAGCCGAAAAGACGUAUUUCAGAAGCUGAUGCUGCAGAUGGGCGAAGAAGAACAGACAGGCCGAGUGGAUGGUAAAGCAGCGCUGUAUGGUCUGGGUGGAAUUGGGAAGACUCAACUUGCCUUGAAAUAUGUUUACUGGUGUAGGGAAAAGCAUCCUGAGAGAGCUAUCUUUUGGGUGCAUGCUUAUAGCAGAGCGCGGUUUUUAGAUGCUUAUCAUUCCAUCGCGGAAUCGUGCAAGCUACCCGGCUACCAAGGCAGAGAGUCUGAUCCGCUGCCUUUGGUGAAGAAAUGGCUGGAGGAGCAAGGGAAUGGGAAUUGGCUCCUUGUUGUCGAUAAUGCGGAUAGCUAUGAGGACUUUUUCGAGAACCCACCGGCGACAACCAUGGGAUAUGGUCGGCUCCAGCCUACGAUGACUCGGCUAAGCGAGUAUCUUCCAAAAUGCGCUCACGGCUUCAUGCUGGUGACGACAAGAAACAUUGAUGCGGCUGCUAAAUUCGCAACGACCUGUGGUAUCAUCAACGUGGACAGGAUGACACCAGCAGAAUCCAGGACUCUUAUCCGAAGCUAUUUGAAGGAUCAUGAUUUAGACGAUCCAGCUGUUUCUAGAGAUGCGUCUCGAUUGGCGGACGACCUCGAGCAUCUGCCCUUGGCACUUGUGCAAGCCGCAACUUACAUCGCCCAAAAGUCAAUCACGAUUGAGAGAUAUCUUGAAAUCUACCACGAGAAUGAGCAAGCGGCUGUUGAUCUGCUCAGCGAACCACUUGAGACGGAUGACCGCAAUCCACGCACCACAGCAGUGGCCACCACUUGGAUGAUCUCUUUCGACGAAAUUGAAAAGACAAGGCCUGACGCUGCUGAGAUGCUUUUUGUCAUGGCAUUCUAUGAUAUAAAGGAAAUCCCAGCCUCACUUCUGAUACGGGACGGUGAGACGACCAAGCAUUUCACAGAUUCCAUAGGGAAAUUAAUGGCAUACUCGUUUGUGGUGGCCAGCAAAAAGACCAAGAGCGGAGAUCCCAACCACGAGGAAUCGUGGCCUGGGAUUAUGAAGGAUAGCUAUAAUAUGCACCGUCUUGUGAAUUUGAUCAUACGCCGUCGCCUUGCAACUCGCCCGUCACCAGAACCAUGGCUGAAGCGAUUAGGUCGAUAUAUAGUUGGUGACAAGAUCUUGUCUAUAUCAGCAGACACACAUACCUGGUCAACCGCAGCUCUCAAGCAAGUCUGUGAUAAAUUCCCCGAGGAUGUGUAUAAGGAAUGGAAUACAUGUGCUGCCUACCUACGCCACGCACAAGCCGUCUUACAGUUCAACUUGGAGCUUGGGGAGAGGGGCUAUACUGAUACAGUCGAUACUCUUACCGCAAAAGUAGCUGCAUUCCAGCUCGCCAGAAUGGAACUCUCAGGAAGCGAAUCGUCCUAUAAUCAGCUGCUUGAGCGUCGACGCAGGAAGUACGGAUCUAAGGAUUUUCGUACACUCGAUAUAAUGCAAAAACUGGGCAUUGUAUAUUUCAAGCAGGGCAAAUAUGAGAAUGCAGAGAGAACGCAGAAGCAGGUAUUGGAAUAUUCAGAGGAACACGACGGACCAAAAUAUAUGAGAACCCUUCAGGCACAGAGCCAUCUCGCCGAUGCACAUAUCGAACAAGGACGUUACGCCGAGGCUGAGAAGCUAUACCAAGACGUACUCACAAAUCUCGACAAAAUAAACGAUCAUGAGGAUCCGAAUUCAAACUAUUAUCUUCGGACUAAGCAAAACCUAGCAAUGCUAUAUGAGAAGCAAGGGCGAUACGAAGAGGGUGCGUCUUGCUACGUAGAGCUCCUCAAAGAGCAAGAGGCACAAUUCGGGGAAUCGCACCCGGACACAUUAAAGACAGUCCAACUUCUCGCUGUCGUGGUCAGCAAACAGGGGCUCUAUGCAAAAUCAGAAGAAAUGUAUCGAACCACAUUGCACAGGCAGCAGGUGAAGCUUGGCCGCGACCAUCCCGACACGCUUCGUACUUCCAGAAACCUUGCAAACAUUCUCACUAAGCAAGCCAAAUAUUUCGAAGCAGAGAGCAUGUAUUUACGCACCAUCUUCGGUUAUCGUCAAGUACUCGGCGAUGAGCAUCCAAGUACUCUAGGCUCGGAGCACAAUCUUGCCCAGCUGUGUACGAAACAAGGGCGGUACGACGAAGCUGAGAACCGGUUCAGGUGGGUGCUGGACCGCAAGACCGCGCAGCUUGGGCCGGAGCAUCCAAGUACGCUGUCGACACUCCAGAAUCUUGCACUCGCAUGCAUAUAUCAGAAAAAAUACGAAGAAGCAGAGAGCAGGUUUCGUGCGGCGCUAAGUGCGUUUGAGGGGGUGCAGGGCGUCGACCAUCCCGAUACGCUAGAAACCGUUCACAACAUGGGCGUGCUGUUCGAAGCACAGGAGAAGCGGAAGAUGGCCAAAGAUAUGUACCAGAGAGCAGCGAUGGGAAGAGAGAAAGUACUGGGGCCUGGGCAUCCUGACACGGUUGUCUCAAUGGAGAAUUUGAAAAACUUAGGGGCGUUAGCUGAGUAA